UGCAGCGCGCUCCCCUCGGCGCGAUGGCGGUGGCAGCGGCGCCACCGGGGCCGGGACUCGCUCUCGAUGCGGGGCUGGACUCUGGCCUUGACCCGAGGGAGGCAGUUGGGGUCCUGGAGCAGUUCCUGCAGCAGGGCCGGGUGUCAGCAUUACUGUGGGAGGUCUGUCAGCCGCAGGCACAGGCAGGCUGCCUGGAACUGCAGGGUGCACUUCUCAACAAGAUCGUCUGUUUGCCCGAGCAUGUGAGCAGUAAACUCCAGGGGAAAAACCCACCAGUGUUCUUCCCACAGAACUACUUCCCUCUCCUGGGUGAUGCAGUUCUCCAGGUGCUAGAGAAGAUCUCUGACUCUCUGCGGGGUGGUUUGGACUGCUCCAUCUCUUUUGUUUCUCAUGUCCUGGGGAAGGUGUGCGUUCAUGGAUGGCAAAAGGAAAUUCUGGGAGUUUUGGUGCCCCGCCUGACAGACCUCACCAAGUCAGACUGCAUCUGGCAGAGGAUAUGCUGGCAGUUGGUGGAAUGUGUGCCAGACCGCUGGAUGGAAGCAGUGGUCCUUGGUUUUGUGCAGAGAGCACCUGGGGCAGAUGUCUUGUCCAGAUUGCUGGGUAACCUGGUUGUGAAGAACAAGAAGGCUCAGUUUGUGGUGGCACAGAAGAUGCUGCUCUUGCAAUAUGGCCACACGACGGCAGUGCUGCAGAACCUCCUUGGCUACCUGUCCCUGGACAGCGUCCGGCGCACCUUGUUACUCAGAGUGCUGCAGGAGCUGUUGGAGACCUGGAGCAGCAGCAGUGCUGUGAAACACUCCCCAGCUGAGCAGCAGCUGUACAUUAGCAAGGCCAUCCUCAUCUGCCUCUCCUACCUGAAGGAGGCUGAAAUUGCGAGCUGCAGACAAGAGCUUCUGACAAGCAUGAUGGAGGGUGUGAAAUGCCACUUGGAGAGCAGUCUGCCACAACUGCGGCGUCUGGGCAUGGUGGUGGCAGAGAGCAUCAGCUUGAACAUAAACACUGAGGGGCCCGUCCUGAAGUUUGAGUAUGAAGAGGACGAUGAAACAAGAGAAUUGAAGUCUCUUCUGGUGCAGACUCCAUCAUUCUAUGUUGUCCCCAGCCUUCUUGAUGAUGACAGGAGUGAGAAAGCAGGUGCUGCACUGCCAUUGGUACCAGAGAGUAAUGAGAAAUCCUAUACAGCAGCCCCUGUGAUGCCAGAUGAGUUGGAUGCUGAGCUUGACAGUGAUGAUGACCUCAUUCCUUAUGACAUGUCUGAGGAUAAAGAGCUAAAAAUUAAGGCUCCUGUGUAUAUCCGAGACUGUAUUGAAGUUCUGACUGGAUCAAGAUCUGAAGAUGUGGACAUAUGGGAAGCUACAGUCAAGGCACUUGAGAGCUUGGUUCGGAGGAAUCCAGCAGCAACAAGAGAGGUUAGUGUGGAGCUGGCAAAAAUAUUAUUGCAUCUGGAGGAGAAGACCUGCAUUGAAGGCUUUGGGGAGCUCCGUCAAAGAGCUCAAGUAGCUGUUUUAACCACGGACCCAAUACCUGUUGCAAAGUACUUGACCUCCCAGUUCUAUUCUCUGAACUACAGUCUCCGUCAGCGCAUGGACAUCCUUGAUGUAUUGGUUUUGGCAGCUCAGGAACUGUCCUGUCCCAAAUUUCAUGGGAAUACCAAGCAUUCUGGUGUCCAAAAGCCUUGUAUCCAGCUCCUUCCGGGAAGUGACAGCUCUAAGGGCUGGAGAAGAAUCGUUGAUGAGAGGAUCAAAAGCAAGACUCGGAGAUUUGAUACGGGUCAGUCUCGUGUGGAACUGGCUUCCCGCCCAAACGAGUUCAAUUCUGUUGCUGGGUAUUUCUUUUUCCCAUUGAUUCAGCACUUUGACAGGCCUUUAACAACAUUUGAUCUUCUGGGAGAAGAUCACUUAGUCCUUGGAAGACUGGUCCACACUUUAGCAGUCCUGAUGUACUUGGCUGUCAACACUGUGGCAGUGACAGCAAUGGGAAAGGCACUACUGGAAUUUGUUUGGGCACUGCGUUUCCACACGGACUCGUACGUGCGCCAGGGCCUUUUGUCCUGUAUCUCCUCCCUGCUCCUCAGUGUCCCUACGGAACGGAUUCUGGCAGACAUGACAGAAGAGCUGUUGGAGACUCAGUCCUGGCUGGGAGAUGUGAUGGAGAAAGACCCUGAUGGGGACUGCAGGAGGCUGGCCCUGCAAAACUUGCUGCUAAUGGAGAACCUGAAAAAUAAACUUGAAGCUGUUCCUUCCUAGCUGAAGGGUAGCGAUAAGCCUAAAGGAAUGCAGAGAUCACUGUCAGAGGGAGCACUGCCACAUGGGGCCCCAGUAAACCAUUUCUUUACACAUGAGAAGUGAAGUUCAUCAGUACAGCUGGAGGAACUCGCACCUGGCACCCUCAUGUUUCAUCUGAGCAACAGGCACUGGACCUGUUCAGGGGGUGUGUGGCACAUCUGCCCUGAAGGAGCGAUUCACUAUUUCCUCAAGUAACUGCCAUUUUACAGUUUUCUCUGGCCAGGUAGCAAAUACAGUGUGGUGGCAUUGCUGAGGCACACACCCAGAUGUACCCUCUGUUCUCAUUGAAUUAUUGGGAAUGGUUAAGAAUCUACCACCAUUUACGCUCCUGUGAGCUUUCCUUUUCUCUUCUCCCAUAGAAUGAAAAAUAACGUUCCUGAGCUGUGCCUCACCCUGCUGCACAUAUUCCUGUGUGAGAGCCAUGCUCCACCAAGCUGCACAGGUGGACAAUGUGGCUUCUGUAGGUUAGAAGAAUUUAGACUUCACUUACUGUAUGGAAUUCCUCCACUUGUGCAUAAUGCUGAACCAAAA